GAGGACACCGUACAGGCACAGAAGAGUUGCCCGGAGCAGUGGGCCGAAAGCGGAGGACGUGGGGAAGUGCAAGCUCAGAGUAACGCAGGCAAAUUGUGCACGUGGGCGCCCUGUUGCCGGAAGAAGGAUCUGUGCCGGGGCUUGCAGGCUUAGUUACUGCUGUCGGAAGAGAUGUUUGUCCGCGUUGAAUCUCAGAGGUGGAUCCGUCCGCUCCUUCGGGGCGGUCAACGCAGCUCUCUUUCUGGAUGGAGGUGUGUGUAGAUCUCAGAGGUAUCUCCAACACUUUGCAAUUUAAACUACAAAAGGAGAGGGGAGCGUUUGGCCACUCAUCUCUUCAGAUCUUUUGUGUCAGGGAGAAAAAAAGCGGAAAGAGAAGCAAUCAUCAUCACUGAGCCGCUGCAGAAGGUGGAGAAGGAAAGGAAAGCAGGAAAAUCACGAUACUGUAUUGCUUCUUUAGAAUCAGAUGGCGGAGUUUGGCAGCAGAGGGGGAGACACUAGUGGGGGGAGAACAACCUCCUCCCCAAAUUUGGCACAUGGACAGGUGGCUUUUAAAGCAGGUGAUGGGGAAGGAGGAGGAGGAGGAGGGGGCAGUAGUAUUGCAAGAAUCCACUUGGACAGUACUCGCAGUGGGGUCUCCAAUGGGGAUUGUGCUCUAGUAGGAAACAGAGAACACACAGACUCUCCUCAACCAGGCAGCCCUGCUGUAGAGAGAGGAUGUUCCAAUCUGCACCCAGAAGGCAAAUCUGGUAUUCCCAAGAAAGCCAGCAUUAUCAAGGAUGGCACAAAACAAAAAAGGGAACGGAAAAAAACAGUCUCAUUCAGCAGCAUGCCUACUGAGAAGAAGAUAAGUAGUGCAAGUGACUGUAUCAAUGCUAUGGUUGAAGGUUCAGAACUCAGAAAAGUUCGAUCCAAUUCUAGGAUAUACCAUCGAUAUUUUCUUUUAGAUGCAGAUAUGCAGUCACUAAGAUGGGAACCUUCAAAGAAAGAUUCUGAAAAAGCAAAGAUUGACAUCAAAUCAGUCAAAGAAGUGAGAAUAGGGAAAAAUACAGACAUUUUUCGUAGCAAUGGAAUUUCUGACCAAAUUUCAGAAGAUUGUGCAUUUUCUAUUAUUUAUGGAGACAAUUAUGAAUCUCUAGAUCUAGUUGCAAACACUGCAGAUGUUGCAAAUAUUUGGGUUACUGGCCUAAGGUAUUUGAUAUCUUAUGGAAAACAUACAUUGGACAUGCUAGAAAGUAGGCAAGAUAAAAUGCGCACCUCAUGGGUCUCCCAAAUGUUUAGUGAAACCGAUAUAGAUCAUAUGGGGCGGAUAUCCUUGGGCAAAGCUGUGCAGUUUAUAAAAAAUUUAAAUCCUGGUUUAAAAACAAACAAAAUUGAAUUAAAAUUCAAAGAACUGCAGCGAUCAAAAGAUAAACCUGAUACAGAAAUCACAAAAAAUGAAUUUAUUGAAGUUUUCCAUGAGCUUUGCACUCGUCCUGAGAUAUAUUUCUUACUAGUUCAAUUUUCUAGUAAUAAAGAAUUUCUUGAUACCAAGGACCUUAUGAUGUUUUUAGAAGCAGAACAGGGUAUGGCUCACGUCACAGAGAAGAUUAGCCUUGAUAUUAUUCACAAAUACGAACCAUCUAAAGAAGGUCAAGAAAGAGGCUGGCUCUCCAUAGAUGGUUUUACAAAUUAUCUUACUUCCCCAGAAUGUCAUAUAUUUGAUCCAGAGCAUAAAAAGGUGUGCCAGGACAUGAAUCAGCCUUUAUCUCAUUAUUUCAUAAAUUCUUCUCACAACACAUACUUAAUAGAAGAUCAGUUUCGAGGACCAUCUGAUAUCACUGGUUAUAUUCGUGCUCUAAAAAUGGGAUGCCGCAGUGUUGAGUUGGAUGUGUGGGACGGUCCUGACAAUGAGCCUGUAAUUUAUACAGGUCACACAAUGACUUCACAAAUUGUUUUCCGAAGUGUAAUUGACAUAAUUAACACAUACGCAUUUUUCGCUUCGGAAUAUCCUCUUAUUUUAUGUUUGGAAAAUCAUUGUUCUCUCAAGCAACAGAAUGUGAUGGUCCAGCAUAUGAAGAAAAUCCUGGAGAAUAAACUAUAUACAAAUCCUCCGAAUACAGAGGAAUCUUACCUGCCAUCUCCUGAAUAUCUUAAAGGAAAAAUACUAAUUAAAGCCAAGAAGUUAUCGUCUAAUUGCUCUGGCCUAGAGGGAGAUGUUACAGAUGAAGAUGAAGGAGCAGAAAUGUCGCAGAGAAUGGGAAAAGAGGCAGUGGAACCACAGAAUGUUGUCCCAGUGAAGCGGUUUCAGCUUUGUAAAGAACUAUCGGAACUGGUAAACAUAUGUAAAUCAGUUCAGUUCAAAGAUUUUCAAAUUUCAUUUCAACUUCAGAAGUACUGGGAAGUUUGUUCUUUUAAUGAAGUGCUUGCUACCAAAUAUGCCAAUGAGCAUCCUGGAGACUUUGUGAAUUAUAAUAAACGCUUUCUUGCAAGAGUUUUCCCAAGUCCUAUGAGGAUUGAUUCUAGUAAUAUGAACCCACAGGAUUUCUGGAAAUGCGGCUGUCAAAUUGUGGCAAUGAACUUUCAGACACCUGGAUUAAUGAUGGAUCUCAAUAUUGGCUGGUUUCGACAAAAUGGCAAUUGUGGCUAUGUGUUGCGGCCUGCUAUCAUGCGGGAGGAAGUAUCUUUCUUUAGUGCAAAUACAAAGGACUCAGUGCCUGGUGUAUCACCUCAGCUUCUUCAUGUUAAGAUUAUUAGUGGGCAACAUUUUCCAAAGCCAAAAGGUUCAGGUGCCAAAGGUGAUGUAGUAGAUCCUUAUGUGUAUGUAGAGAUCCAUGGGAUUCCAGCAGACUGUGCAGAACAAAGAACAAAAACCGUCCACCAAAAUGGAGACAACCCUAUUUUUGAUGAGAGUUUUGAAUUUCAGAUCAACCUACCUGAACUUGCUAUGGUACGCUUUGUGGUGUUAGAUGAUGAUUACAUUGGAGAUGAAUUCAUUGGGCAGUACACAAUUCCUUUUGAAUGUUUACAACCAGGUUAUCGUCAUGUCCCACUUCAGUCUCUAACAGGAGAAGUUCUAGCAUAUGCUUUCUUGUUUGUUCAUGUUGCUAUUACUAAUCGAAGAGGUGGAGGGAAACCUCAUAAACGGGGACUUUCUGUUAGAAAAAGCAAGAAAUCCAGAGAAUAUGCCUCUAUGAGGACUUUGUGGAUUAAAAAUAUUGAUGAAUUAUUCAAGAAUGCUCUUCAGCCCAUACGUGAUGCCACAGAUUUGAGAGAAAAUAUGCAGAAUGCAGUAGUUUCAUUCAAAGAGUUGUGUGGGCUUGCUCCUGUAGCAAAUCUUAUACAAUGUAUUCUGGCAGUGUCUAGCCGCUUAGUGAAAUCUGAUAAUACAACCUUGGUUAUGAUAAAUCUCAGUGAUCAGUAUCCCACAAUGGAAUUGCAAGGAAUUGUUCCAGAAGUUUUAAAAAAAAUUAUCACAGCAUAUGAAACAAUGAUUAAUAUGAUAAAGAUUCUGACAGAAAAUGCAGAUACUGUAUAUGAAAAAAUAGUCCAGUGCCAAAAAGCAGCAAUGGAGUUCCAUGAGAACUUACAAAAUAUAGGAGCAAAGGAAGGAUUGAAAGAGAGAAAACUACAAAAAGCAGUGGAGAGUUUUACCUGGAAUAUUACCAUUUUAAAGGGCCAAGCUGAUCUUCUCAAGUAUGCUAAAAAUGAGGCAUUGGAGAACCUAAAGCAAAUCCACGAUGCUGCUGUUUCAUGUGGAUUGAAUAAAUCAGUAUCAACUGCAAAUGUUGAAUCUUCAAAGCCCUGAUGAAGCUUAGAAGCAAUACCUGAAAAGACAGCAGAAAGAAGCUGAGAAUGAAAGAAAAUUCUCAUUCCUUUAGAGUUUAUAACUCUGUAACUGUUGUAGUUGCACAAGACAUUUUUCUUUGCACUUACUAUUUUUUGUGGGAGGGGGAAGGAAGAAUCCUGGAGUUUUAAAAGCACAACUGGAGAAGCUAAUUACAAUUUCUGAAAACUGUGAAUGUAUGUAGCAACUCUAUAUAUGAAGGCAAUUGAAUUAUUUUCAUGGAAAUAAUAUUGCUGCUAAAGCAGCCUUUAUACAUGUUAAAUGCCAUAAUUCAAGAACUAUAUGCAGAAAAUACCAUUGUUAUUAAAAGAGAAACAAAUCGGGUUUCUAAAUUUGUUAUAAUGGCAAGGGAAAGAGCUUUUGUCAUUGCUCAGAAAAGUGCCUUGAUCGGGGGGGGGGGGGAUCUAGUUAUGUUGUACGUAUUUUCCUUGAUUUAGGGUAGUUUGGAUAAUUAAACCCAUUGCUGAUAAAUGAUUUAUAAAAAUUGGAGAGGAAAACUAUGGAAGUGUACACAUUUUACUGAAUUGUGUAAUGGAAGACAUUUUACAGAAUUGUGUGAUUAAGAAACUUGGCAAUGUUCAGGUAGGAAAGUGCUAUUGUUUGGGGUUUCUUCUGUUGUUGAGCCAUAAAUAAAAGGGGAAUGUAAAUACAACAUGCUUACUUUGGCAGAGUGCACUAAGGGGCAUUGCAUAUUAAAACAUGCAAUUAAUCUGCCAUUAAAUGUCUGAGUAAGCCACAUACCUGUUUCCACCCAAGAACAUCUGUAGAUGUCUAAAGCUAAUAUAAAAGUGACCAAAUUGUAAACAACAUUUUGUAAAUAGUUUUUCUUAUUAUUUUGUGGAUGUAAGGUAUUCACAUUAAAAUGUUUUAUGAUACAGUUCCCGUAUUAGUUGCUUAAACUGAUUCCUUGCUGGUCUCGGGUUUUAAUAAAGAUUUAACCUCUAGGUCCAUUAGCAUAGCUAUUCAGUACUUUUAACACAGACUUAUUGCAGUGAUUUAUUUUAAGAAAUUCAUACUCACUGUAAUAUGAAGAUACAAACCCAAGAUCUGCCUUCUGAAGUUUAUGCUAUAAGCAGUAAUAUGUGCUUCAAAAUUAUAAACUGCAAUUUAAUUGAAGCACAUUUAAUUAAAAUUUUUAGAAAUCUAAACUGUUUUUAACAUUUUGUUCAAAGAGUGAAGUACUAUAGCACUUAGACUUAUAUACCGCUUCACAGUGCUUUACAGCCCUCUCUUAAGUGGUUUACAAAGUCAGCAUAAUGCCCCCAACAGUCUGGAUCCUCAUUUUACCGAUCUCUGAAGGUUGGAAGGCUGAGUCAACCUUGAGCCUGGUGAGAUUUGAACUGCCAAAUUGCAGUUAGUCAGCAGAAGUAGCCUGCAGUACAGCAUUCUAACCAUUGUGCCACCGUGACUCUUAGUAUAAUUUUGUGACAUCCCAACCAUUUUUAUCCCUAUAUAUAAGAGAGUCUCCUUAUUCAUAAUGCUACAUCUUAAUUUAUUAAUCCUUUGUUCUUAAUAGAGUCAGUGGCGGUAUCCCUAGUUUUUUCCUAGGAUGAAAAAACAGUUUGGUUUAAUGAUUAAGGCACCUGACUAGAACUAGUUCAAGUGCCAUCUUACCCAUGAAAGCUUACUGGGUGACCUUACUGAGUCACUCACUCUCAGCCCAACUCACUUCACAGGUUUGUUGUAGGGGAAAUAGAUGGAGGAAGGUAUGUUUGACAGUUCAACACUUUGAGUUCUUUAUAAAAAUAAUAAAGGGAUACUAAUUAAGGAAUCACACAAGCAGUCCAUUAAUUAGUAUUAAACAUCAAGUUUAAUUCUAUUGCAUACUGUUAUCUACUUGUACCCAUUCCUAUUACUAUCUCUGAACAUUAACUGUAACCAAAGAAUACAUUGUUUCUGUUGAAAACUAUAAAAAAGACCACGGGCUCUAGAAGAGUGGGAUACUUGCUAAUAUUGAACCUGUUGAAAAUGCAGUUGGUUUCUAUUUUCUAGAUUACUUUUUGAAAGAAUGUCCAACUAAGUUUUUAUCUUUUCCACAAAGGAGAUUUUGAAACAUAAUUCAUUCAAAGUAAUUCAUCAAAGAUUUGAUGAUGCAAAAAGAAAAUGGAAUAAAUGAAAACCCAUUGAGCUUCGUAUAUUUUCCCCAAUUGUAUGUAGCUGGUUAUUAACUCCCUAAUCACAGCACAAGAUAGGAAAUUUAGACUGUAAUACAGGGAAGCCCUUUGAACAUGCUGAGACUUGUUUCUGAGCGUGCAAAUAUCAUUUGUUCAUGAAAGUCUUCCAACCACAAGAAGUCAUGAUAGUAUGCUUAAGUGGAGCAGCAACUGGAUUUGGUCAUUAUUAUUAUUAUUUAGACUGCUUUACUGUCCUAAAUAAUAUAAAGAUUACUGAGAGGUAUCAAUGUAAAAGAUGAUCUUAGUAUAAUUCAGUAUGACGUUUAUCACUUGGCACCUUCUAUUAAAGAAUUCUGCUCUCUACAACUCAGUUUCAGUGAAAAGAGGGUUUCUUUCAAAAUUGGUUUACUGCUAACGCAAUAUGCAAUAUUUGUUUCCAGUAGAGACAGUUCAAUCUGUCUCGUUAAAUAAAUUGUUUUAUAAAGGUAGCCCUUAAAUUAUUAUGUCCAUUGAAAUGUUUUCUAAGUGAUGUGGUCACAAACUUCAUGGCACAUGACUACAUUGUUUAGCAAUAGCGAUCUUGACACUACUUAUUGCUGUCAUUAUUCAAAUCCCAAGCAAUUCACAGCUUACUCUCUCCCAACUCUGAGCUCUAGUUCUUCCAAGGAAAGGGACAGCCUCAUAUUCAACUCCCCAAACUGUCUAUUUCCCCCCCAACUCUACCCGUUUGGUCCUGCAUUUGCCUAGCAGGGAAACAAGCAGGACCAGAAGUACAUGGCUCGGGCUGCUUGCCAUGCUGUGGCUGUUGAACUUUUGAGUGACCAACAGCUGCCUCAUUAAGAGCCAUGCUGGACAUGCUUUGUCUGCAGUAGGAACAAGAUGGCAAUGGUGGAGGCACUGCAGUGCAGGGAGGCCAAAGGACAGACAUGGAAGGAAAAUAGAUGGGAGAAUUGUUUAGCACAUUUAUAAUACACCCAUUUCCUGAUCCAAAAUGAGUUCAAGUACCACUGUAGUCGUAAACCUAAUUGGAUUGCCAAGAGUUUAAAUUUCUAUCACAUGACUAGGGAAGGGAAAUUCUGAACAGUUGUAACUUUUGAGGACUAGAUAUAAGUACUAUUUGUUCAGCGCCACCAUAACUGAAUGAUUGAACAAAAGGUCAUAACUCAAGGGCUACCUGUAAUUUUCCUUUAAGCAUGACACUUUUUCUUAGUAAUGCUGAAAUUUUUCAGAUUUUUUUAAUAAUUAUGAAGGACUUAAGCCAAUCUGAAUAUCUGUACCAAAAAUCAACCUGUGCUGAGCUGGUUUUGAUUUCUUCAGGAACUGAAGUUACUUGGCUAAGAGCAUGUGAAGAAUAUAAUGUAAUCAUUUCCUUUAGUGGUGCAAUUCCAACUGCAGGGCCUUUUGAAUUACAUGACAUUUGUAGAUCAGCAUUUGAAAGUCUGUUGUUGAGAAUAACCACAAAGACAUUUGAGAAAGUUUUAAAAUAUUUUAAAAAAUGCAUAGUGGCAGUCUUUGUUAUUGAGCCUUUUUUUUAUUGGCCAAAGCAGCCAUUAAAAACAAUUUUAGAAGCUUAAGGUGUCUGAAAACGGGAGUGAGAUGUAGCUGCAAUAACAAAGGAAGUGCAGACAUUGUAACAACUGUAAAAAUGGAAAGAGGCAGGGCAAAGCAGAGGUUUCCCAAGAGUUAUUAUAAAAGCCACAGACCAGCAACUAAAUUAUAUUUCCUCUAGACACACCCCUAAAAAGCAAAUAAUCCAGACUAAUUCAGCAUCUGAGCAUUCUCUACCUGCCACAUUGUACGAUGAGAAUCAAGCUCAUAAAAGCCACAUUUUCUGCAAAUGUUGCCAGCAUUUUGCAUUUAAGUAAAUUUACAAGAUUCUGGUUGGAUUUUUACAGGGUCCUAUGGAAUUAUUGAUUAAUUAAUAUAAGGCAUUAUAGUCCUAGUUUUCACAAUAUGGGAUAAAUAACCAUGUUUCUCUGCUGAAAGCAAGUGGAAUACUAAUAGUUUCUUGAAAAGGGAUAUAUGAAAAGCAAAGGAACUGAUCUUGCUUUUUCAAAAAGUUAAGUCUCCUGUAUUCUCAAGCUGUUUGAGGCUCAACUCAUUAACACCAGGAAAUGUUCUUCUGAAUUAUGAAACAGUUGCAUCUGAAACAAUAUUGCAUAGUUAGAAGCAUGGCAUUAGAAGUCUUAAGUUACAAGAAAAUGUAAAUAACAUUAAUAGUCCUAUGAAAAUAUCCAGGUAUUUACUUAGACUGACCAUAUAGAUCAAUUAUUAUUUCCUCCCCAAAAAGUUAAAUAGAAAAGGGAUUUAAGAGAAAAUAUUAAGAUGUUCAAAGAUAACAGAAUUUGUGUAGCUAAUAUGUGCCCUUUAUGCUACAUGAGGACUUGGUGAUACUGCAUGCAAAUGCUAGGACAUAUGAUCACUUCCAAAACAAUGCUUCAAUUCCUCCCUCAAAAUUAUUUUUCUUACAAAAUGCCAACAUGUCUUGUAAAUUUAGCAUACUCACAUGAUAUCUUGCAAAUGUCAUGUUAGCUUGCUAAAUCAUUGAUGGUUUAAUCUAAUGCUUCUUUAUGAAAUUUAGAUAAUCACCCUGGAUUGUACCAUUUGUUGAGUGUGAUUCUAGAUGUAUGCUUACUAACCAAACAGCAGCCUCAGGUUUGAUUGGGCCCACCAUAAAACAUCCCUGUACCCAAAGUUAAUCAGGUCAGGUUGCUCUCGUUUCUAAACCUAACAGAAUGACUUCUGCUCUUGGCUUACUUGUAUCUUUUUUUUCUAGGAAAGAGAUAUUUUCAAGCAAAACUGCUUCUUGCAUCUUUUAUAUGUAAAGAAAAUCCAUGAGUCCUAGGUAGGAUUCAAAGUCAUCCUGGUAAAUUGGGAUGAUAUUAAAGUGAAGCUUUACUCUGCAACAUAUUACACCCCCCUCCCCAUAAUUAUUGUUUUUAAAUUUGUAACACACAUUUAAAUGUUUUUAAUUUAAAUUCUUCACAAAGAUCUCUUAACUUAUGCCAAGUUUGAACGCAACAAUUGAGCACAGAACAACAAAUACAAGAGAAAAGAAGUACACUGCCCUGCAAAGUAAGCUAUCUAGACUAAAGGCUAACAACUCCCACAACAACAAACAAACUUGGAUCAAGAACCUAUCAACCGACAACUCAAAGAUGUGGAACAACUUUCAACUUUCCACAUAAAGGGACUCCAACCACAAAGAUGCAUCAAACAGAAUUCCUAGCAAGCUUCGAAAACACCUUAAAAUUGAAAGACCUCAGUGAAGAAGUGCAACAACAAAUACAUCAGACCUUUGUCUCAAUGCUGAGACGCAAACAAAACUCCAGCAUCUACAAAACAAAAACAACAGGCAAUGAAGUCCAUCAAAACUGAUAACAAUAUUGUCAUCCUACCAGUUGACAAAGGUCGAAUGACGGUCUUACUAGACAAGGCUGACUACAUACAAAAGGCCAAGCAACUCCUACAGGAUACAUCCAUCUAUAGACUGCUCAACACCAACCCAACUGGGAAGCUAACCAAUCGUCGUGAGCUUAAAACAUAUUUAUUCAUUCAAGCAGGACUGGCAUAAAUAGUUGUUUUUAAAUUGGGGUUUUAAUAAUAUUUUAAAUUUUUAAAUGUUUUAAUUAUCGGCCGCAUAGUAAUAGUUCAUUUUAAAUUCUUUUAAUUGUAUAUAUUCUGUGUUUUAUUUUGGCUGUACACCGCCCUGAGUCCUUCGGGAGAAGGGCGGUAUAGAAAUUUAAUAAAAUAAAAAAUAAAUAAAAAUAAAUAAGAUCAAUAAAACCCUAAAAAACUAAAAAAGUUGCAGGAAUCAAAUCAACUCACCAAAGAAAAAUAUCAGAGAAUGAAAGCAACUGACUUAAAACAUAGUUCAGUUCUAUGGACUUCCGAAAGUACACAAAGAAAACAUCUCACUCAACCGAUUGUCUCACUCCCUGGCACACCCACUUUAAACUUGUGAAAGUAUUGUGGAAAUGCCUAAAGUACCUAAAUGGUGAUUCCGAACACUCCAUAAAUAAUGCCAUACAAUUCCUGGAGAAGCUCAAACACCUACACGUUGACAAAGAUGAAACAAUAUCAUUCGAUGUUACGCCCUGGCACGUCAUGCCACACAGCCUCCUGCCACAAAUGGCGGCAUCAUUACGACGAGCCUUUUGGCAUUCUGCCACAACGGGCAUCACUGGUAUGACAAGCCAUGUGGUAUCUGGUGGCAAGUGGCUGCAGAAGUUGGGCAGCAACGAGACAGGUAUUGGAGUAUAGGAGGUCUGGCUAUGGUGGUCCUAAGGUAAACGGGUGUGGGGUGCGUGGGACAGCUCCACCCCCACCAACUCUGCCCUAGCUUGAUUUUUAUGCCUGUGCCUCACCCCAUGUUGUACAAUCAGAUGGUGAGCAGGGAUUAUUUUGGGGGCAGGGCUUAUAUUAGGCAUUGGCAUGAAAAAUGGGCUAGGGUUAGGGUGAUGCUUGAACAGUGUGAUGCUUGAACAAUGGGAAAAUAUGUGGACAAAGGGUUUAAAAUUCACAUUAAAUUACAGUCUAAAAGAAAAAUUUUAUAAGAUGAUGUAUCAUUGGUAUUUAACACCAGAUAAGUUAUCUAAGAUGUAUAAAUAUAUGUCAAAUGAAUGCUGGGUGUGUAAAAGUAAAGAGGGACCUUUUAUCAUGUAUGGUGAGCAUGUGAUAAAGCAAAAAAAAUUUUGGAGUAUGAUUCAUAUUUUAAUUUUAAAAAACAUAAAAUGGAGAUAAAAAUGAAACCAGAACUUUUCCUUUUGGGUUUAAUGGAAAAAGAACUAGAGAAAAAAGUUGAAACUUUAUUAUUAUAUAUGUUGACAGCAGCAAGACUAUUGUAUGCACAAAAAUGGAAGGACAUUUCAAUUCCUACUAUGAACAAAUGGUUAAAGAAAUUGAUGAUGUUGGCUGAAGUGGCAUAAUUGACCACUUUGAUUAAAGAAAAGAACGUAAGUCUUUUUGUUUCCACCUGGAGACCGCUUUUGAACUUUCUGCUUGAUGUGGAGAAGAAUAAAAUUCUGACUUGGGUUUUACCGAUUAGACUGGUAGAUCUUUAUAGAAAUGGCUUGUUCAUAUUAUUAUGAAAAACCAUAAUGUUGUGAUUUAAUGUUAAUGCCCUAUUUCACUGUAAGAGAGAGAAUCGGAAGUCAGUGCUUCAUUUUCUUUUUUUCUUAUCUUUCCUCACCUCUCCUUCCCCUUUUCCUCCCCAUUGCUUUGUAU